AUGUCAAUUUCUGCUACGGUUCUCUUGAUUGUCGCUGUCUUUGGUGGGUCCUGUGGACACGGCUACGCGGCUCAUAUCUACCCUGGGAGUACCAAGGGGGAUUGGCCCUACGGACCCGUGGAUGCACUGCGACCCUGGGCAAAGCCCAGUCUCCGGGAGCUUUUUGAUUGGUAUUCUACAGAUGGCCAGCUCUGUGAGAUGGGUUUGCGGCGGCUCCUGAACGUGCAAUGGCAAGCAGAUGGGCACGCCGGAGGCAUGCCGGAGCUCUUCUUCCGUGUGUACGCGAAAGGAAUCUUUUUGAUGAUGAGCAGGAACGAGACCUUGUCCUGGACGAAUUUCGAGGCUCUCUUCACCUCCUCGUUUCCAUGGCGCAGGCAUCUCUUUAACAAGUUCCUGCACUGCAACUACCUGAGGGUAAGGAAGCUGCCGCAGGAUGAUUGCUACCACUAUCGCUACGAGGCCAAGACAGAGUCCCAUCUGCGGGCUUUGGGCGGCGACAAAAUCAUCGAUCAGAUCGACGAGCGCUACCGCCGAAAGCGCGCGAGCCCGAAGGUGUUCCUACCCGCCCCAGAAGGCGGCUACCGCGAUGAGCCGGAACAGCUGUCUGAAACCGCGCCAGCUCGGGGCUGCGUUCUAGAAGGAUCAUCUGUGAAUUGUUCCUUUGGAGGAGGUCGCCGGGGCCCACGGCACCCACGUGGCCGUGUGGCAGUGCUGGUCACGGGCAUCAAGGAUCGCUUUUACCCCCGGAGUGUGUUCCGGCACGUUGUGGCCCCGGUAACCCGGGCAGGUUAUCGUGUGGACUAUUUCGCGCUGCUGGACUGGGCGAAGACCCCCAUGGUCGAUCAGGUGAUGGCAGAGGGGGACGUUGGCAUUUUUAAUCCGGUAAAGAGCCAAAACAGCCGCGAUUUCGACAGCAGGUCGGUCCCGAAUCCACAGGUGGCCAAUGCCAGCAUGCGACAAGUCCUAGGCUUGGUGUCGCGAUACGGGCGCAAGUAUGGAGCAAGUAGCCUCUUCCUACGGUUCAUGCCGACAGGGCUGAGAGAAGAUCCCCCACGUGUAGGUUGCAACCGCUAUUUAGGGCAGGGAGGCGCGGAUAUUCUGAACUACCGCCGAACGCGGCUGACCUACAAGAACAUCCAACUCUUGUGGAACAUUGUGCAGGAGCACCUGGUGCGAGAAGGCUUGAACUCCAGGUACACCCACGUGCUGUGGCAGCGCGAAGAUCUGCAUUGGGUGGCAGACCUCGACCUGAGCCCCUUUGCCGACCCGCAGUCCGUCUACGGCUGUGCAAUGGGAAACCGGUGUGAGCCAAACACGACCGGCACAGCACAGGAUGGCAACGUUGCGGAUAAGACGCUUCUUGUGGGCGGAGAAGCGGCGCAGUCCUUCUUCAGGCUCUAUGACAUCGUGAACUGCGCCAACAGGGACCCAGAGCUGGACCGCGCCCGGGAUCCGGAGCACUUUCUUUUCAAGGUUAUCUUGGCCCUGCGGCUCAAGUUUCAAGAAGUGGCGUGGGAGAAGCUGCCGACGUUGAUUGCGAGGCACGCCAAGGUCUUCGGGCCCUGGGGGCAGCGAUCCGUCUUCUGCCUCAGGUUUGACAGGAAGCACCUUGUGAGCCCCGACAGCCCCUGCCGCGCUUUGGACCUGCCUUACAGGUGCUGCUUCGAGGCCAUCGAAGGCUUGCUUGAUGAGCAAGGGCACGAGCCACCGGCAGAGUAA